UGUGUUUCUCUUUUUUUUAGUGCUGAACUGAACGGCGUGGUGACGCAGCCGGGCGGAGGGAGAUGUGAGCGGGCUCCAGACACACAUUCCUGCUGCUGCUCCUGCGGUGAUACUGACACACUCCGCCGCCUCCACAACACCAGCCCUGAUGGAUGCCCUGACCCAGGCUCUCUCCUCCAGCUUCUCUGUAUCUACAGAAGCCAACAGCACGGCUGCCCCUCACCCCCGCCUGGCUCAGUAUAAGGGCAGAUACAGCGCUCUGGAGCAGAAUGAACGGCGCAGGAGAUUCCUGGAGCAACAGAAAGAGAAAAGGCUCAACUAUGUGAAUCACGCCCGCCGUUUGGCAGAGGGGGACUGGACGGGGGCAGACAGUGAUGAGGAGCAGGAGGAGAAGACUCAGAAGAACCAGCAGCAGGAUGAGGCAGAAGAUGAGGGGAUGGAGGUUGAGCAGCGGAAAAAGUUGCCAAAGCAUUACGCCAACCAGCUGAUGUUGUCAGAGUGGCUGGUGGAUGUGCCUGCGGAUCUUAGUUCUGAUUGGCUGCUGGUGGUCUGUCCUGUUGGCAAGCGCUCUCUUGUUGUUGCAUCUAAGGGUUCCACUGCAUCGUACACUAAAAGUGGGUACUGUGUAAAUCGUUUUCCUUCUUUGCUACCUGGAGGGAACAGACACAACUCAGCCAUGGGGAAAGAUUACACCAUCCUAGACUGCAUUUAUAGUGAAGUGGACAGAACCUACUAUAUCCUGGAUGUAAUGUGCUGGAGGGGGCAUCCGGUAUAUGACUGCCCUACAGAGUUCAGGUUCUACUGGUUGCAGUCUAAGGCUGAAGAAGUGGAUGGACUAUCAGAGGUUGCCAAACGGAACCCUUUCCGUUUUGUUAAUUUGAACAGUAUCAGCUGCUCAACAGAAUCCAUUCAAAAGGCCCUGGCCCAUGACUACAGCUUCAGCGUGGAUGGCCUACUUUUCUACCACCGUGAGACUCAUUACACCCCUGGAAGCACCCCUCUAGUAGGCUGGCUCAGGCCCUACAUGGUGGCAGACAUCUUAGGCAUUGAGGUGCCACAGUGUCCUCUUACCACUAAGCCUGACUAUGCCUGUCAUCAAAUGCAGCAGAUCCGGGAGCACAAGAAGACGUCCACUGAGGUUCGGCCUGCAGAGAACGGCAGAUAUGAGUUAGAGCAUCUCUCCACACCAGAGAACCAGACAACAAAUAGCAACCAGAAGGAGCGCAUGGAAUCCUGAUGUGUGUAGAAGCCUGACUGUAAGUUCUUUAAGCCCAGCAUUUUGGAGAUCCACUGAGAAGUUGUGGAUUUGACAGACUGGGGUUUGAGGAUUUGUGGCUUACCCUGUUCUGGGGAUUUUGGACUGUUAAGUUAAAGCUAGCUAGAUAAUGGAAUGAAGCUGGUUCCAAUGAAUGACUGGUUUCUAGCAACCUUUUGCAAGCAUGUUCACCACCAGUUUUUUGUGACAUCCUCAGAACAAGGAAAUAAGAUGCAGGGUUUAGUUCUACACAGUAUAUUUCCAUGGAGUAAGCCUGUACAGUACUGCUUAAUUUUAAAGAGGCUGUUUGGUCAUGUCUGAUUUUUCACUUUCCUUCAGUGGUGUUCCAAAGACAGAUUUCACCUUACCAAUUGUGUCUGUGCUUCAGAGCUGCACUAAACCAUUUUGUUCAAUAUAUGCAGUACUCUUCAGAUCUAUACAUAUUAUGAAAACUAUUAUUUGAAGUAAUUGCUACCACAUAAUUUUCAUUCAUAAACUACAUCUGAAGGAAGUGGACCAAAAGCAAAAGCAUUCAUCGAGCGUCUUUUGAUGAAUGCUUUUACUGAUCAUUGUUAUAUUUUAGAUUAGCUUUUAAAUUGAGGGUCUGUAUGCCAAACUGGAACAUUUCUGAAAACUGAAGAAAGUUUGAGUUUGGUACUUUUAAGUAUGACAUGUUUUGUAUGCCUUGUUAAUAAAUUAAUUUUACUUAUGGUGAAAUGCA